CAAAAACAUUUCAAUUUGUUAACCUAAAAUAUGAUUUUAACUUACACCCUGACCGCACACAACACGAGUACGUACAGUUUAAUCAAUACUUCCGUUGUCAAGUACGAUUUCGAUUCGAAUGUUUUGUAAAUACGAUAUUAAAUAUAUAAUUCGAUACAAUGGGGACGUGUUAUGAAAAACAUCCAUUUGAGAUCGAAACUGAGGACCGUCUCACAUCUAUAAACACGAAAAUAUACGAAAUCAAAAAGAAAAUACAGCUGUCAGAGGGCCAAAGGAAAUCUAAUUACGAAGAAAACGAAGCCGAGAAACAGCAGAACAAUGAUCUAAUAGAGGCGCUGAAGAGGGAGAUAAAGUCACGUGUCGCCGAACUGAUACAAGCUAGAUCAGCUAUAGGAGAAGACGAAGUACAUGUCAAGAAGUACUUGAAUGACAUAUGUCCUAUUGGAGACAAAACAGCGGAUCAGAUAGCCCAUAAUUUAGAUCUAAAAGUCAUUGAACAGCGUAAAAUGUUGGAUCUACUGAAAUACGAGAGACGCAGUAAAAAGAGGAGACUCACGGAACUGGAGAAAGAAUACGAAAGCCUCUUGAUUGAGAACAGCAAAGGUGAACUUGUCAAAUCGAAAAUUUCUAGUCGCGCCAGAAAGCUCGUUUCGCAUUUAGAGAACGAAAUUCAUAAAGUGUUAAUACAAUGGACAGAAGCGGAACUGGUCAAGAAAAAGUACUUUUCUAUCAGACAAGCCCUCAUUGAUGACUCAGUCAAAUUCGAAAGUUCCUUGUCACGUAUUGAAGAUCUAUUGAACAAACAACGAGAUGAAAUUAAAAAACUUGAGUAUGUACGGGAAGAGGCCGCGGAGAUGCGUAUCCGCGCGACAGCGGCUACGGCCGCGGAGGCUGCACGUGCUCACGAUGCAGAACACGCACGAGCUACGGAAAGAGCCUACUUCUCUCAAAGAUUCGGCGAGAGAAAACGGGAACUUGAGAAGUUGGAGAAAAGAGUAUUUCCGCCCAACAGUCGAUCAGUGGUUCGUCAAGAGUCUACCAGAUCAGAUCGGGAAGCCGAAGCGGUAUCCGAGGAAGCAUCAGCCGCAGCUCAGAUGGAAGACAUUUUCCAGAAACUUAUGAAAUUAACUGGUGUCACAAAUCCUGAAGAAGUGUUCGACAGGUUCCGCGCCCAGCGCGACACCUGCAAACGACUGAGCUACCUCCAGCAGACCACCGAAGAAGAGAAACUGGACCUCGAGCAGAGACAAACGACGCUGAUGGCCGAACUGGAAGCUUUCAAAUUCGCUUCAGUCAAAGACAAAGAUGAGGGUCAAGAUCAAAUCAACGACUUAAAGAUCGAAAUACAGAAAGAGCAGGAUAUUCACGAUGAACUACAGAAGAAAAUAGACGAUCUCGAAACAUUUCUACUCGAAAUCAAGAGAUUGCUCCACGACCUCUGCAAGUUAUUAGAUUUGAUACAGGAGCCGUCAGUGCCAGAAUGGACAGCAGAAGCGCGCGACGUCCAUGAAUUGGUGGUGGUGCUCACAUCUAGAUACGAAAAAGCCAAAGCUAGAUCUGAUGAGAUCAAGGAGAAGAAUAAGGAUGUUACUACGAUCAUAGUGCCUUCUAAUCAAACUAGCGCGGCCGCUUCCGUGGCUGGACUCAGCGUGCACAGUCAUAGCACGCCUAAGGAGUCUGACAAGCAAAUACCAACCUAUAAGGAGCUCUUGCAAAAGGAACCUGUCAGAGCACCACCAUCCGAUGAAGAGGAAGACAUCCCGUCAAGAUGCUAUCUGAAGAGGCAAGCUCAAGUUAUUGUCGAUACCAAAUGCAGAAGAAAAGGAUUCCGUCCAUUCCAGAGGCGAUAACAUCCCCAUAAAUGUUCACAACACGUAUAGGAAAAAUACAUCUACCACUAAAAAUAUUUAUUGAAUUAAAAAGGAUUCUAAAAUAAAUAAAAACUUUUUCUUUCGAUACCCAUGUGUAUGAAGAAGAGAAAAAACUACAAAUAUGUACUUUGUCCUCAAACUAAUUUUAUUACAUGAUAUUAUUUGUUCAUUAUGAAAGUCAAUAAUAAAUACGUGUCAAAUACGUGGCAACGUAUCGCAAAUUUAGCCACAAGAUACGCUGUAAGCUUGUGUAAGCUUAUAUUUAAAUAUAGAUAUUAAUAACAAUUAAUAUUAUUUUCAUGCGAGAUCCUCUAACCGAAAUAGUUUUAAAAAGGCAUUCAAAAAUAUAAUUUGUACAAAGAUUAAAUAUUGUAAAUGUUGCAAGAUAUUUUUAGACAUUUUUAAAUACACAUUACACUACUAUAAAGUAAAUAAUAAAAAAUCACAAAUUGAAUUGACAAAUUCAACUCAAAAUUGUGACUGACAGUUUCGUAAUCAUGUUCAUAGUCAAAUCAUAUUAAUAUUUUAUUUUGUAUUCUUUAAUUUUCUAAUAAUGUUUAGCUCCUACAAAAAUUCCUAUUUGCAAUUGGUAUGUGCGGUCAAUCCACGCUUACUGAACAAAGCCGUGGACUACGCAUUGCGAAAACCAUACAGCGAUUCGCAUGAUGCCCUUCCACCAGCGCAAAGACUAGAAUCUAUGCAACCUUCACUGUACGCUCCGCACGUGGAUAUUUCACGAGCGAAGAUAGGUUUCGGAGUCACCGGUCUCAGAGUCCUUGUAAGGCAGUUGCAUUCAGAGGAUCAUUUAGUGCAACUUCAAGCUUUGCACAGUGUGUUAGACGAAGUUCAAAUAACUGAGCAUGCGAUGGUCCUAAUAAAUUUACACAUCGCGUAUCGCCUUAUAAACUUGAUGCUCAAUCCGGACCCGGUUAUUAAAGAAAAGAUAUGCAUGAUCCUCACUCACCUGGCGUCUUACUACCAAGGUAGAAAGCAGAUUAUGUCUAGGCCUAUCAUCAUAGAAAAUCUCAUGUGGCUGAUGAUGCGGGAAAGAAAGGAGAUACGUUACGCUGCUGCUUACACUCUAAGGACUUUAGCAAGAGACCGGUGUGCCUGCGAAAUCCUGAUCGAGAAUGAAAAAAUUGUCGACAAUCUCCUGAAAACAAUCAAAAACGAUCAUAAAGGGAUUAUUCUGUUGCAUUUAAAGACAUUAACAAACCUUGCGGAAUGGGAUCCUGUCAUACCGCUGAAGUCCAACGCUUUUCGUAUAAUGCUAGUGCUGUUUGAUGAUUUUGAUCCAAGAAUAGUGGCCGGUGCGAUGGAUUGCAUGACACAACUUUGCAAACACGACGUCGGAAAAAUACUGGCCGACGAGAACGAUUUAGUGUUUAAAUUGAAAAAGUAUUUAACAUCGAAACACAUUGAAAUCAUCAUCAGCGCUGUGUGUCUGUUGAAUUAUACAACUUUGACGACGCGUUCAAAAUGGCGGGCUAAGGAAUGUUGUUACGAACUGACGAGACUUCUCGUAAAUUUGUGCCACGUUCCAAACUUGCCGCCAUUACAAAUAAACGCUAUGCAUGUCUUAAUUAAUCUUUGCGACUGCCCCGACGUUAGGUAUCAUUUGAAAAAAUAUUGGGAGAAUAAAAUAAAAGCAAUCAGAAUAAGGACGGACGAACAAUGGGAUGGAACGAGUGAGACGACGAGUUACGGAUUCGAAACAGGACAUAAUUACAGGACCAUGUGUAUAGAAGGCGUGGAAACGAUUAAAAAUGAUGGCGGCAAUGAUUUGGAAUGCCUUAACGUAUCUAGUUACCUGCGCAGAGUCUGUGAAGUGAAGGAGAAGUUGAUUCGUGCCAUUAAUUGGAAAUGUUACAUAGAUUAGCUUUUUUUCAUCAACGCAACACGUAAUAAAUAGUUAAUCAACGAACAUAAAUAGUAUUUUAUAGUAUUUUACAUUGAAUUGUGAAGGUUUACCAAAAAGGUUGAAAUAUUUUUUCAGGUAAUUAUAAUAAAUUUUUAGAAAUAUU